AUGGAGAAUCAAUUAUUUCAAUUAAAAUUUACAUCAAAACAAUUAGAAAAACAAUCAAAGAAAUCAGAACAAAGUGAAAAAGCACAAAAGAUAAAAUUAAAGAAAGCAAUAGAACAAGGUAAUAUGGAUGGCGCUAGAAUAUAUGCACAAAAUGCAAUUCGUGAAAAGAAUCAAAGUUUAAAUUAUUUACGUUUAGCUUCAAGAAUUGAUGCAGUUGCAAGUAGAGUUGAAACUGCAAUUCGUAUGAAAUCAGUUACAGGUUCAAUGGCAAACAUUGUUAAAUCAAUGGAGAAAUCAAUGAGAAAUAUGGAUUUAGAAAAGAUUACCCAAGUUAUGGAUCAAUUCGAAAGACAAUUCGAAGAUUUAGAUGUACAAUCAGUUUAUGUAGAGAAUGCAAUGAAUCAAACUACUACACUUUCAACUCCAGCCGAUCAAGUAGACCUUUUAAUUUCACAAGUUGCCGAUGAACAUGGUUUAAAUGUUGGUAUGCAAAUGGGUUCAGCACCUUCCGAAAAAGUACAACAAGGUGAAACCGAUGAAUUAACCGAAAGAUUAAAUAGAUUAAAACAAAAAAAUUAA